AUGUACCGGUUCACAAAAGCCUCCAAGGAGGUGUCGUCGUCGUCAUCGGCGGCGGCGGCUGGUCGCCCGGGUGGUAGCCGGCUAUUCAUGCAGGGCACCCGGGAAGGUGACGACGACGUGCGCGACCUGCAGGCCGUGUACACGAAACGGCACCUGUCCACUGAGGUGACCGGGUCCAAUCACGAGUCGCAAAAGGUGGACAGACGGCCGGAAGUCGGCAGGCACUCGGUCACCACUCGCGUCCUGCGCAAAACCACCGUGCUAACGCGCGGCGUCGAGGUGUCGGCCACCGAGAGCAUGAUGAAAACCGGCCAGAUGAUGGUCGCCGACCAGCCGUACGAGGAGUCCAAGAGGACCUCGUCCAGACAUCACCAUCAGGUCAUCAAGACCAAGAAAGCCAAGAUAUCUGACAUUGUGGUCGGUGAAGAACCGAACGUAUCGGCGCGUGACGCUUUAUUGAAAUGGGCUCGCAAAUCAACAUCGAAAUACCCAGGUGUUCGGGUGUCGGACUUCACGUCUUCUUGGCGGGAUGGCAUGGCAUUCAACGCGAUUAUACACAGAAAUAGACCGGAUUUAGUCGAUUGGCGCAAUGUCAAAAGUAAAAAUGUUCGUGAGCGAUUGGAGUCUGCAUUUUACAUUGCAGAACGAGAAUAUGGAGUCACCAGAUUAUUGGAUCCCGAAGAUGUUGACACCCACGAAAUUGACGAAAAAUCAAUUAUUACUUAUAUAUCAUCAUUACACGAAGUGUUCCCGGAACCCCCGCGUUUACACCCUCUUUAUGAUUCUGAAUCUCAACAACGUUCUGGUGAAUAUCGUGAAAUUGCCUCAUCACUAAACCGUUGGAUGCGUGAAAAGUUAUCUGUAAUGUCCGACCGUAAUUUCCCAUCAACACUUAUUGAAAUGAAAAAAUUAGCAUCAGAUUCUACUAAGUUUCGUAAUGAAGAGCUUCCACCUCGCCAUCGGGACAAACAGCACCUGGUCCAUUUAUAUAAGGAACUUCAAAAAUAUUUUGAGGCUGUUGGCGAAAUGGAUAUUGAACCAGAAUUACAAGCUGAUGCUAUUGACCGUACCUGGAAUCGUUUGAUGAUGUCAUACCAAGAUCGAGAUUCUGCUAUUCAGGAAGAAAUAAAACGUCUUGAACGCUUACAAAGAUUAGCAGAAAAAGUUCAUCGUGAAACCAAGCGCACCGACUUAAAGUUGGAUGAGUUGGAAACUAGAAUUGUGGAAGAAGGUCGCCGGGCCGAUAGACUGCAUCCAUUGGAUGCAAAACACAACGCUGAUCAACUGGAGACUGAGUUGCGUUUAUCUGAAGAUACUAUUCAAUCACUGUUUGUUGAUGUACAAGCACUCAGAGAAGGACGUUACGUGCAGGCACCUGAGUUACAAAAGAGGGUGGAAAAAUUGCAUCAGAGAUGGGUAAAUUUGCGUUCUUUGUUGCAUUCAAAAGUUCUUACUCCUUUAGCUACUCUAUCAUUUCCAAUUGUUGAAGAGCGUACAGUUACCAAACAAACACGAACCAUUCUGGAAACUCGACUUGUUGAUACCAAUACUCAUUUUCGUUCAUUGCAAGAAUGCAUUGAUUGGUGCAAUAACAAAUUGAAACAAUUACAGGAAGCUGAAUAUGGUUCAGACUUGCCUAGUGUCCAAGGGCUUUUGGACCAACACCAACGCGAACAUAAAAUAAUCGACCAAUUCCAUACUAAAGUUGAGCAUUGCAUAAAUGCUAAGAGUAAUUUCCACGGAGAUGAGCUAUCUCUGUAUUCACAGCACUUGAAUACAUUGCAGAAAGUUUAUGCUGAAUUAGUUACUUUCUCUAAUAAACGGCUAUCUGAUCUAGAAACAUUGCAAGACUUCUUGCAAUCAGCUACUAAUCAGCUUAUUUGGCUCAACGAGAAAGAAGAAAUUGAAUUAAAUCGUGAUUGGAGUGAUAAAGAUUUAAACAUACCCUCAAUUCGACAAUACUAUGAGUAA